UCUCUCUCUCCCUGUGUGAUUAUAGCUGACCAAAUCUGUCACAGAACCGGCGAUGUGUACUGUAGGUGCCCCUUUUGACAUUCUCCAUAUUAGCCCUUAAAUAUUAUGGGCUAGUGUGCAUGUGGUGGGACUGUGUGUGUGUGUGUGUCAUUUGAUGUCAUGAUCAUUAGUAUUUCUUUAGAACGUGGCACUUGUUUUUAUGUGUGUAGUAUACUAUAUACUGUAUUUUAUAUUCUUUUUCAUACUGCUAUUACUUUAACAACACAUUUCUAUCUCUCACAUCGACCUGUUCGACCUCCCUCCUCUCUCUCUCCGCCCUCCCUGUUUGCUCGUCUUCCCUUUAAUGGUACCAUCGCCACUUUGGGUCGCAAUCAUCAAUUAUACUUCAGAUUUCAGAUGCGAUGCCAAACAUUGUAAACAGGAUUUCUUUGUACGUAAUUAAGAAACUAACGACGGCAGAAUUAUGUACACUAUUCCAUUUCCAAAUGCAUUUAAUUUUACCAUGGCACACCCAAAUUCGUUUCUUGGAUGAACAAAAGAUGUGACAAAAGGUAGCGCGUAAUGCUGGUGCGUCUUUUAAGACUGUACCGGAAAAAAACAUGAGGCAGUGAUAUAUUUAUGAGUAGCCUAUUUGAAAAUGUCCUAUCUGUGGGCAAUGACCUUGUUUAAAAAGAAGACGGUUUGGGCUCGCCUAGUAAGCGUGUGUGUGUGUGUGUGUAUGUGUGUGUGUGUGUGUGCGCUUGAGCGCGUGUCUACAAGAAGGAGGAGAGGGGCAGAGGGAGGCGGGCACGCCCAAACGAUGGUGCCAGUCUGUUGCUUCUUGUGUAUAUCUGUGCGUCCUGCGAUUGGCGGAGGACAGGGAAAGGUACCCAGCGCUGGCGCGCCGUGGGCGGGCGGUAGGCCUGUUUAUAAACCCAGAUCUUCCCCGUGGGCGGGAACAGCAACAGAAGAGAGUGAAAGUAAAGCGAAGGAAGAGAGUGAGAGACAGUGGAGGAGACGAGGCUGUGGCGGCGGCUGUGGUUGACCGGGGUUCGCAGAGGGGGCGAGGCGGCCGCCCCUGUAUGCCUCUUCAACCGCGCAUGGACGACCACCUCAGCCUCCUGCAAUCACCCACGCCGAGCGCAACAAAAACCCGGGGCGACAACCUGGUGAACCACGGAUACACCGAGACAGAGGCCGACGUGAUGACGGUGGUGGCGUGUGACAACAUGCUAGAAGAGUCUGCGGCUCUCCCGGGCCACCACUCUCUGGACCGAUAUGAACCGGAUCACGAAUGCUGCGAGAGGGUUGUCAUCAACAUCUCAGGGUUACGGUUCGAGACGCAGCUCAAGACUCUCUCCCAGUUUCCAGAGACGCUGCUGGGGGACCCCAAGAAGAGGAUGAGGUACUUUGAUCCUCUCAGGAACGAGUACUUUUUCGAUCGGAACCGACCCAGCUUUGACGCCAUUCUGUAUUACUACCAGUCUGGCGGGCGCAUCAGAAGACCCGUUAAUGUGCCCAUUGACAUUUUUUCUGAGGAGAUCCGGUUCUAUGAGCUGGGUGAGGAGGCUAUGGAGAAGUUCAGGGAGGAUGAAGGCUUCAUAAAAGAGGAGGAGCGGCCGUUGCCAGAGAAUGAAUUUCAAAGACAGGUGUGGCUGCUUUUUGAAUACCCAGAGAGUUCUGGUCCCGCACGGGGCAUAGCGAUAGUGUCUGUCCUGGUCAUUCUCAUCUCCAUUGUCAUCUUCUGCUUAGAGACAUUGCCAGAGUUCAGGGACGACAACAGGGAUCCGAUCACCAUUGAGCCUGUGAUAAAUGGCACACUCCCAUAUUUCAUCAGCCCCUUCUCAGACCCGUUCUUUGUGGUGGAGACGUUGUGUAUUAUCUGGUUCUCCUUCGAGCUGCUGGUGCGCUUCUUUGCAUGCCCGAGUAAAGCCACGUUCUCCAAAAACAUUAUGAACAUUAUUGACAUUGUGGCCAUCAUUCCCUAUUUCAUCACCCUGGGCACAGAGCUGGCAGAGAGGCAAGGAAACGGACAGCAGGCCAUGUCAUUAGCCAUUCUGCGCGUAAUUAGGCUUGUUCGGGUAUUUCGCAUCUUCAAACUCUCGCGUCACUCCAAGGGGCUUCAGAUUUUAGGACAGACUCUGAAGGCCAGUAUGCGUGAGCUGGGCCUGCUCAUCUUCUUCUUGUUCAUCGGUGUCAUCCUCUUCUCCAGUGCUGUCUACUUUGCUGAGGCAGACGACCCAGAUUCGGGUUUCAACAGCAUCCCGGACGCAUUCUGGUGGGCUGUUGUCACCAUGACAACCGUUGGCUAUGGGGACAUGCACCCCGUGACCAUCGGGGGAAAGAUUGUGGGGUCUCUGUGCGCGAUCGCUGGUGUGCUGACCAUUGCCCUGCCUGUACCUGUCAUCGUCUCCAAUUUCAACUACUUCUACCACAGAGAGACGGAGGGAGAGGAGCAGGCACAGUACCUGCACGUGGGCAGCUGUCAGCCUCUGGCAGACACAGAUGAGCUGAGGAAGACUCGCUCCUCUUCCUCACUCAGCAAGAGCGAGUAUAUGGUAAUAGAGGAGCACGGGAUCAACAGCACGUUCAAACAGCAGCCCAACUUCCCCACCACCACGCAAAACAACUCGCAGAACUGUGUGAACAUAAACAAAAAGAUUUUCACCGACGUGUAGCCAAUUUUAGAGUGGUGGCCCUGAACACAGGAGAGGGUGGUGUGUCAACAAACAGCUGGUUCUGUCGUUGCGCACCAGCGCGUGGAAGUAGCGGUAGAGAUCAGAUGUAGAAAGAAAGGAAUAAAGAGAGAGAUAAAGAAAGAGCAAACCCUGUCUGUUCAGAGACGCUGCUUUGUGCUCCAUUCAAAGCAGCGGGAUUUUUCAUUUCAGUGAUCUGAAUUCAUAAUUCUGUAUGGUUCCAUUCGCGCUUGGAGAGAAAGAGCUCCUUAAAGAAUUAUGCCUACUAUUCUUCUCUGAGUGAGGGAAUUGACCUGUUGUGCAUUGUGCAAUAGCCAAUAUAUUAUCACAACAGGUAAUAAUAGAAGCUUUAUAACUGUGAAAGAUGUAUGUUACUCGAAGGACACUCACAUUGUAUUAACAUGCGUUAUGAGUCGUGAUUCGUCAGUCAUAGCCUAUUUAUAAUAAUCAGAAUCAUUUAAAUAUGUGUGUGUGUUUAAACACAUGUAAUGUCUGAAAAACACAAUUCUGCAUAUAUUAUUCAAUUAGACCGUUCUGUGCUUUGCCUUUAUUGUGCGUUAAAGUCUAGUCCAAAUGCUACUGUCUUUAAAAAAGAAUCCCUUGUAAUUCUUUGAUAUGAACCUUCCUGGUAAGAUAUUUAAUGCGUAAACAGCACCAUAUAAACACAGGGGCCAGGCGACUGUCACUGUCUCAUUAUCGGUGCAAGACACACGUGAGCGAGGAAAACACAUGCUCUUUCAUGCACACACACAGCGAUCAAAGAUGGAGCGUGCUUCUCUUUGGAUGCCUCAAAUAUAGCUGUGAUGCAGUCUCUAUGGUGACGGUCGUUUCCUCGGUAACCCCGGUCACCGUUGCCAUGGCACCCUUGUUUCCACAGUAACCUCCCAGAUGGCUUGGAAGAUAUAUUGAAGAUUCUCAUCUGAAAAGCUUGUCUUCAGUCUCUAAUAAGACUGUUUUGUAAUCACGCUUUGCGUGCGUAAAAUACAAGCCCAAACAUGCCCAGCGCCACUGUCGCUAAUCAGCAAGCUCACUCAGUGACUGUAACAUUGACACAAAAACAUAUUGGAGUAAGAAGGUCUGUUUUCAAUUUACCACCAUGAACUGCCCCCCAAAAAUGAACCAGGCAUAUAAAAUAAGCCGGUAGAAGCGGAAGGAGAGGGGGCGUGUGAGGAAUUAUGAAUGGACUGGGAGCACAUUAUGUCUGGCUGUCUGGAGUGCGCUACUGCGGGUGCUCAGCAGAGGCUGCUGUUCUCCCACUAAUGAAAUUGGUGAAAAUUGUUCCAUUUUUCUGCACAGACCUCCUGGAACCCCUGCCGACCCUAAUUAGACUGUCUCCCACUUAGGGAUGCAAUGACAUUGGUCUUCCUGUUGGGCCUGAUGGGCCAAAGUUAAGAGUUGAGACAGACCUCCCACUGGAUCAAUUUUUCCUCCCCUGCCCUCCUCCUCCUGAUUGCUGUCCUCAAACCUGGACUUCUAACAAGCAGUGCCUAGCAGUUCUCCCCCUCCAGUGGAUCACCACUCAAUCCAAAAUGCAACAAAAUGCAAUCGCAGGAAUGGACAGACAUAUAACAUAUUCCACGUACAGUCUUGUAGCUGCAGUUUUAUGACUGCUUCUGUUCUGGAGUUACCACACUGUGAAUGGAACCAUCACAGGAUCAAAAGUGAUUCAGGCAGUGACAGAAUUCAGCUGGAACUGUGUUAUGGACUCUGACAUUUCUCCAUACUGCUUUCUAUAUAAAAUUCAAAAGGACAGAUUCAGGAAACAGCCAGCAAUUUUGCAAAGCACAUUUCAUUCCUGGACUUUACACGAUUUCUACAUUCUGUAUUCAUGUUUCUGGGUAACGAUAUUCAUUACGGACAAUAACUGACAAACAGCUUUAGCUUCAAGUCAAAAGUGGUAAAAAUGAGGCCAACCGUGAUUUGCUGAUAUGAAACUGUGAUAAAAAUCAAAGACUGUUAGCCAUAUGCCUUUCUUAGCUCUGUGUGCUCUGUAUUGCUAAUAUAUGAAACACACACAUAUGUACGUGUGCUGGUUGCAGCUAUUCCCCUGACCUACACAUGGAGAACACUACAAAGACAUGCACAUACUCAUAGACACAGACACACAAACACACACACACACACGUAUACACAUGCCUGUGAAUGGCUCUCUUUUAUCCCAGAGUGCACUGGUGUUUUUUGGGAUGGGGCAGAAUAUUGUCAGGGGAAGGCUGUGCAUACUAGUAUUUGUUCUGUGUUAUUCUGUGCUGUCUUUAACAUGACCCAUAUAAAGAGA